AUGGCUCCAAAGAAUAAGAAGCAAAAGGAAAUCGUUCAGGAUGACCGUUUCCAAGCGAUUGUCUUAACUGAUUCGUUUGAAACCAGAUUCAUGCCAUUGACGUCUAUUCUACCAAGAUGCUUAUUACCUUUAGCGAACGUCCCAUUAAUUGAAUAUACAUUGGAAUUCUUAGCUAAUGCUGGGGUCAAUGAAGUGUACUUAAUGUGCUCUUCUCAUGCUGACCAAAUCCAAGAAUACAUUGAAAAGUCCAAAUGGUCAUCGAAAAACUCACCUUUCAAGAUAAGUACCAUAAUGUCUUUAGAAUCCAGGUCAGUGGGAGAUGCUAUGAGAGAUUUAGAUAAUAGAGGGUUGAUUUCUGGUGAUUUCUUGUUGGUUUCUGGUGAUGUGGUGACUAAUAUCGAUUUUGAAAAGGCCAUGAAUGCCCAUAAGCAAAGAAAGCAGAUGGAUAAAGACCAUAUUGUAACAAUGGUAUUAACGCCUGCUAGUCCAUUGCAUCGUACAAGAUCACAAGUUGACCCUGCUACAUUCAUUUUGGAUAAGAAUACUGGAAGAUGUGUAUUUUACCAAGGAAUUCCACCGGUUGACGGUAAGAGAAGCAGCAUAAAUAUUGAUCCCGAAUUAUUAGAGGAUAUCGAAGACGAAAUGGUAAUUAGAAAUGAUUUAAUUGAUUGCUGUGUUGAUAUCUGUUCGCCACAUGUUCCACAAAUUUUUCAAGAGAAUUUUGAUUACCAAUAUUUGAGAAGUGAUUUUGUUAAAGGUGUUUUGACAUCUGAUUUAUUGAAGAAAACUAUUUAUGCAUAUAUAACUGAUGGAUCUGAAUAUGCAGCAAGAGUAGAAAGUUGGGCAACCUAUGAUGCUGUUUCACAGGAUGUCUUAGCUAGGUGGUGUUAUCCGUUAGUUCCUGAUUCAAACUUGUUGGAAAGCAAUUCUUAUAGUUAUGAAUUCAAUCAUAUUUAUAAAGAGGAUAAGGUUAUUUUGGCACAAUCGUGCAAAAUAGGCAGUUGUACAUCCAUUGGUACUAAUUCAUCUGUGGGAGAAGGUACAUCAAUUAAGAAGUCCGUUAUUGGAAGAAACUGUCAAAUUGGUAAUAAUGUAACUAUCAACAACUCUUACAUUUGGGAUAAUGCUAUAAUUAAAGAUGACUCAGUUGUUGAUCACAGUAUCAUUGCUGGUAAUGCUGAAAUUGGUAGUGGCGCUACUUUAAGUCCAGGAACAGUCAUUGGUUAUAAUGUAGUUAUUGGUGAUGGCAUUCAUCUUUCAAAUAACACAAGGAUCGUGGAAAAGCCAAUUGAUAGAGAUGAUGAAUCUUUUGAACUGAGUCGUUCAUUUGAUAGUGAGCAGGAAGACGGAAAGACUAAUGGUGGUGAAUAUAUCAAUGCCGAUCAAAGUGUAAAUGACAUAGACGUGGUCGGCGACAAUGGUGUUGGCUUCUUAUAUGUGUCAGACAAUGAAUUGGAUGAGGAAUCUGAUUCAGAAUAUGGCGUAUCUCAUAACUACUCUGGUAUAAUUUAUCAGAUGAGCUCAUUGAAUGUGUCUGAUGAUUCUAUUGCAUCCGUUUCUAAUGCCAAAUCUAAGAAGUUCCAUCGUCGUACAUCAUCUAGAAAUAGACGAUUAUCUUCAGCAUCGAUGGUCUCAACCGACUAUGAAGGUGGUCCAUUUUCCGAAGAAGAAGACGAAGAUUUUGAAAAAGAAGCCAUUGCAACGGUUGACAGAUCCAUGGAGAACAAUCACGAUUUGGAUACCGCGUUAUUGGAAUUAAAUACCUUGAGAAUGUCCAUGAACGUCACUUAUCAUGAAGUCAGAUUAGCCACUUCUAAAGCAUUAAUUCACAAGAUUAUCCAUUUUAUCACUACCGAUACCUUGGACGUUAAGGAAGCCACCGAAAAAAUCUUCAACAAAUGGGGCUUGUUAUUCAAGAGACAAGUGUUCGAAGAGUUUGAACAGGUCGACUUAUUGCAAAUCAUACAAGAUGUAUGUUCCAAUGUAGACAAAUCAUACAACGGAAGGAUUCUAUUUAUGGCACUUAACAUAUUGUACAAUCAAGAUAUAGUAGAAGAAGAAAAUAUCUAUAAAUGGUGGGAUUCAGAAUCGUCUACUGCCAAUGAUGAUUUAGUACAAGUUAGAACUUUAACAGGCAAAUGGGUCGAUUGGUUACGGGAAGCUGAGGAAGAAAGUGAGGAAGAAAGUGAUUAA